AUGGCAAAAGGCAAAGAGCUACCGUACUAUCUGGGUUGGUUACCGAUGGACCACGAACUUGCCAUCUUGACCUCAGCAGAUCAGCGACCUCGAAAACGGAGAGCUAUAACCGCUUGUGUCAGGUGCCGGACCUCCAAAGUCCGAUGUGACGGAAGACAGCCAUGCCAGCGUUGCGAAAGGAACAACACAGCAUGCUUGUUCCACGACGCAGUAAAAGAUCCAAUCACCUUGCGCAUUGAAAACCUCGAGCAAGAGGUGUCUAUACUGCGGCAGCAAUCAAGCCGAUUUGCUUGCAAUGGCUCGUCAGUUUCCUCCACAGUUCCCAGAUCUGCUAUGCAUCCAUUCUCUCCGUGGAAGAUGCCAGGGCAAGAUGACCUUUCGAAUGCAGUACAGUCGGGUCUGGUAUCGCAGGAUCAGGCAAUUUUCUGGUACAGGAGCUUUUUUGCAGCAAGUCAGUACCUGGUCCCUAUCUUUUGCGAACAGCGCGACACAUUCGACUCGGUAUUCUCUAGGAGCUGCUUUCUCUUUGAUACACUGACAAGUAUUGGUUGUCGGGCCGAGGAGGGUUUUGACUCUCUUAUACAUCGCCAACUCCAGUCACGCGUUCGUGACCACUUGACAAGACUCAUCGUCGCUUCUGGGACCCCAACCAUUGAAGACGUGCAGGCGAUGACUGUCAUGGCUGCUUAUUCUGAAAACGCUUUCGUUCUAAUUGCACUCGCUCUGCGUUUCGCUCAUCAGCUUCAUCUACAUCACGCCGUCGAUCGUCUCAUGGCUCUUGAAGUGGUUACAGGCUCUGAGCCAACAUGUACAGAAACGCAAGAGUUAUAUCGGCGCUCUCGAAUCUGGCACGGAAUCUGCAAUCUGGAGCUUUUCUUCUCACUGGAUGGUGGCAAACUCCCCAGCAUGACACUCGACACAUCUUCACGAAAGAUCAGACGUCUUCUCACGCAUCCGGAACGUACUUACGUUGAUGUCCGCCUCCUCUCUCAGAUUGAGCUAAACAUCUUGCGAACCGAUGCCUACAGCAAAAUUGCACAGGCCGGAGACGAUCUUCAUAUCAAAUCCAUUGUUCAAGAUUCUACUACGGAGCUCUCUCUUUGGUUGCGAGAGUGGACGGAUGUAGCGGCCAGCGAGCCUGAUCCACAACCGUCCGCCAUGGCUCGCCAGAACCUAUUGAUUCAGCAGGAAUGGGCCCUAAUGACACUCAACUUAAAGGCAGUUGCUGCCUCCGGCAUCGAAAAUAUCGCCUUCAUGACAGAUUUUCAGCGCGACCAUGUUUUGCGUGCAAAGGAGGCUGCGAAACGGCACCUGCACUACAUGUUAAGGGGUGACGCUUCCCUGUCCUCUUCCGAAGCCGACCAAGCAUCUACAUAUCUCAGCAUGUUCAAAUGGACUCUAGACUAUGUUUGGGCCAAAUGUGCAGUUUCAGUACUUCUUGCGCUGAAGCUUGCAAUCUUGCUUCGCGAUCCCGUAGCGACAGUUUUGUCGCUACUACACGACGCGCAUCGUGUGCUUGAAGAGCUCAAAACCGUCACAGUUGGCCACAUUGCAUAUUUCCAAAUAUUGCAGGCAAGCGUAGAAAAAUGUGAAGCCGCUUUGAAAGACUAUAAUUCAGAGCACAAUGCCUGUUCAGAAACUAGUAUUCCGCGUAUUGGCGAGAGCGGCAGUGCCGAAGAUGCCUUUCAGGGCUACGUACCUCACGAAUUCAUCUUUGAGUGGGACUUUCCAGGCCUGAAUUUGAAGCACAUGCCACUUGGGUGGCAAGACUUGUUUGUCAACAUUGACGGAUUGUUUUGA